AUGUUAUUUGUGUUUGGUUAUCGGUCAAAUAAGAUUCGGUCAAAGAAGUUAUCAAAUUUAAUUCACAACUCCGGUAAUCAUCGUAAUGUACAAAGCUGUACUGUGUCAGUAUAUUUUCAGAAAAUAAUAGAUAUGGUAAGCAUUGUCAUAUUUGAGUGUACAGGUGUUCAGUAUUAGAUGUGUGUAAGGAUUGUAGUUUACUACUCAACCUAUAUUGAAAUGGACUAAGGCUUAAUCGGCUAACUGGAAUGAAUUAGGAGUUUUUAAAUGAUACUUUCCCCAUGCACUGUCCUUGCUGGCAGAUAAUUGAUGCUAAUCUGAAAGUAACCACUGCAGUACGUUGUGCACUAAUGUUUGAUUGCUAUGGUUUCUGUCUCAUGUGAAAACUUUAUAUGAAACCAGAUUUAAUUAAAGGUAAAGUUACUAUAUAGUAUCCCAUUAGAUAGUGCUGACGGCUGAGGAUUUGAAAUUUGAUGCCCUAAUGUUGGUAUUUUUAGUCCUUAUUGUGUAUGUUUGUCUUUUUCCUAGCCUGGUAAUGAAUAUGAAGUAGUACCUGACAGUGAAUUUAUUGUAUCAAGAACUGCACGUAAAGACAAUAGCUCUGAUUAUUAUGUUAAUGGUAGAAAGACACCUUUCAAGGAAGUUGCUUCACUUUUGAGAAGUUGUGGCAUUGAUCUCGAUCAUAACCGCUUUCUUAUUUUACAG